AUGUCUGAAGGAAAAAAUCUUUUUAGACAAAUAGAAAUUCCUAUCUCAGAGGAUGGAGAAUUAUCCGAAAAAUCAAAUAAUCGAAAAGAACGGAGUCGAAGUACGAUAAUAGAUACAAUUUUAGGACGACCUAAUUUUUCAGCAACAUCACUUAAUGAUUUGGACGAGCAUUUAGAAAAAUUUGAAAUUAUCAAACAACAAGUGGAAGCGCAUCGUACUUUAAAUUUAAUAAAUGUAGAAGAUCAAAAUUUAUAUAAUAAAAUGGAUGAAUGGGUGAAAAGUAAUCCUGGUGUUACUUUGGAGACAACUAUUUUGAAAUUUGAUCCGGAGAAAUAUCCUAAUUCUGAUGCGCUUGCAAAAGUAAUUUAUGAUUAUCCAUUCCCAGAUUUCAUUUUAAAAUAUGAGAAUGAUAAAGUCAAACACCUAUAUGAUCAUGAAAAUAAUGAGAAAUACGAGAUUCGAGCCAUGAAACGUCAAAACUUUGAACGUUUGCUUCUUCGUGCUGGAUUGUUUCUAGAACACGAAAUUGAUACAGAAGGAGAUAAUACUUAUGUUAAAAUUAUUGCUCCAUUCGAGAGAUUAUGUGAGCAAGCUCAACAAACUAAAAUUAAACUUCGUUUUAACGAUUUAUCAAUGUUUGAUAUACGUCGUCGCAAAACUAUAUUUUCUAGAUUCAAAGAAUUUUUUUCAUAUAAAAUAGAUCUUAAAAAAGAGUCAUCCUUUUUCAAAAAGGAUCGUUUGAGAAAGUUUAAAGGAGCAGAAGCUAAAAAAAAUAUAGCAGAAAUUUCAUUGAAUUUCUUUACUUGUUCAAUAAGAAAUUUAUUGGUUCAUAGAAUGAUAAUUACAGCUAAUCAAAUUAAUAAAAAAGUGACAUUAGAUAAUGGUCGGGUGAUAUAUGUUAAAAGAAAAAUAGAUGCUUUAGCGAUUAGCAAACUUCUUAAGGCUCAUGUUUAUGAUAAGUUUUAUCCUAUUCACGACGGUUCUCCAAAAAUUAAGCGUGGUUCAGUUACGUCUCCUGAAGAAAUUGAAAAAUAUAAUUUAAGAGCUCAAUUAAACGAAUUAUGGGUUAAAGGUCGAACGAAACAACCAAUAGAAAAAAUAAGAGAAUAUUUCGGUGAAAAAUUUGCUUUAUACUUUGUUUGGUUAGGCUUUUAUACGUCAUGGUUGUCAAUAGCAAGUGUUGCAGGUUUGACUGUAGUUCUUUAUGGAGUAAUUGACGCGGCAAUCGGAACGAAUUUGAACGAUUUACAAGGCGCUUCAAAAAUUUGGGAUAACGCGCUUACGGCACCGUAUGCAUUCCUAAUGGCAAUUUGGGCUACUUGUUUCUUAGAAUCAUGGAAAAGAGCCAACGCCUCAAUACAAUACGAUUGGGACGUGAUUGACUUCGAAAGAGAAGAACUUCCAAGACCUGAAUUUUAUGGAACUACGCUCCGUGUAUCCCCCGUUACUUUGAAAAAAGAGAUUCAUUUUCCUUUUAAAGAGAAAUUAACUAAAUUAUUAAUUUCCGGAGCAAUAGUUUUAAUUUCGAUAGGAAUCGUAAUCGUAACUGUAGGAGUGUUAAUAAUUUUCCCAAGUCAAUUAAACGUUAGUCCUCCAAAGCUUAGAACUGUAAUUACAGCUUCUGUAAAUCUGGCAACCAUUAUUAUAUUGAACAUGAUAUACAGACAUGUGGCAAGAUAUCUUACGAAUUUUGAAAAUCAUAAAACUCAAACUCAGUUCGAAGAUUCAUUGAUUCUUAAGGCAUACCUUUUUGAUUUUGUCAAUUUUUAUUCGUCUUUAAUUUACAUUUUGUUGUUUAAGAAAAAUUGCGAGGUAUACGUAACCUGUAUGAAUGAACUUACAAUUCAACUCGCAAUUAUUUUUGUCGGUAAACAAAUGAUUGGACAAGGUCAAGAGGUUUUAAUUCCAUGGAUAAUGAGUAAAUGGUAUAAAACUAAAAAUAUAGCGGAACGAGACGAAUUGGAGAAAAAAUAUGCAGAAUCUAAUAGAAAAAAUACGAACGUACCGCAAUGGGUAUAUGAUGAUCGUUUAGCUACGUCUUCGGAAACCAUUAGGACCGAAUAUGAAGAAAUUGUAAUUCAAUUUGGGUUUGUUACAUUAUUUGGUACAGCUUUUCCAUUAGCUCCAUUAUUUGCUUGGAUAAACAAUAUGACUGAGAUAAGAUUUGAUGCGUUUAAGGUAUAUGAAUCUCAAGAAUAUAUUCAGACAUUACAAAGACCAGUUGGAUUUCAAGCGCAAGAUUUGGGAAUGUGGGAAAAAAUUAUGUCCAUAGUAUCAUUAAUAUCUGUAUUGACAAAUGCAGUAAUUAUAGCAUUUCAUUCAUCAUGGAUGCAUGCUCAAUUUGACAAAUAUACAAAGAAUCCUGAAGAGCUAUUAGUUGCCAGACUUGGUUUUGUUCUUGCUUUUGAGAGGGAACGUUAUCUUACUAGACUGGCGUUGGAUGGGGAUCCACCUGCGUUAGAUGAAUAUUGGAGUGAUGAUAAAGAUGAUGCUUCUUUAUUUUCUGUAAAAGGAUCUUUAUUGUUACCUUCCAAUACUGUCACUGGAGGUAAUAUUGUUAAAUAG